CCGUCUUCUCUGCUGCCUUUCGUUGUUAUCAUCACAGCCGUAGCUUUUGCAUUUGUUUUUCCAAUCGUCGUCAAAAGCCCAAACUGUCGACUCUUCUCAAUACUACACACCUCUCCUAACCCACGCGGCCCUUUCACCCUUUCUUUUCCUCAAGCCAUUCACUGCGGCAUUUUCCCACCCCUCGAGCGUUGCAAUUCACGCUUCUCGCCCGUCAUUUAUUCAGGUCCCUCGACACCGGGACACGUUCUGAUACUGCCUCGGACGGUCUAUUCUUGCUUUUGGCACCACCGAGUCGACCAUUCCCAUGUGCUCGCAGGCGUGACUGCAACCAGCACGAAAAAAAGACGUCACCGCAAGCAUUCCCUGCACCCGAACUCUGCGUCCAUCCGUAACGAGCCUGUUCUUCUUUCCUCAGCAACCAGCCCUAGGCGCGCCCCAUUGGAAUCUCCUCUCCGACGCUCCUGACCAACGGUCGAAAUUUAAUUCAACCCCUAAUUCCGUGUCAGGCCAAGUCCUGCGCCUGUCCAGAUCACGGGUGCGGGUGAAGUCGGAGAGUGUCCACGCACUGCAGCACUCUGGACCCCCAAUAAUUGCAGGACUGUUUCAUGUGUUUGGAUCUUCCCAGCCUUCCCCUACAUUCUUCAGCCUUUUCGUGCUUAGCCCUCUCCGGCUGUUUCCGUUUUGAUCUGCCUCUUUCCUUUUCACGCAGGCCUGCUUUCCAGGGCGCUUCCGUCACAAACAUCGCCUGUAUAAGCCUGAGUAACCUUUGCUACAACGAGCCUCAACAACAACAUCCUCAUAACGUUGUCGUUGGUAUCGACCUUCAUAUGGGCAACCAAUUUUCCUUCUCUUCUUAUUCAAUGUCGAAUCACGAAAGUGGCGAUCCCCCACAUUGAUCUGGAUUCUCCACAAUUGACGAUAACUUGCAUCCACUGGUGGAUCUUGGCUAGACUCUUUUUUCAAGUGCUGCUUGAAGAUCAUUUGCAUUCAAUGUUCACACCUUAUUUUCCUUGAGCAGUUGCAGACGAUCAUAAAAUCAUCACAUCCUUUCAUGUCGCCAAAGCGAUGGCGGACUCGACAUCUCCCCGGAAGUUCAAGGUCGAACCUAUCGAGUCCAGCAUCAGGAGGUCUCGCAAAUGUGCGCCAGAACCAGCAGAACUCACGCCGGACAGCCCAGGAAAUCCCAUCGAGGAUGCAAAGGAGAAGCUACCAAAACGCAAGUUCUUGCCACAGCUUAUUGAAACCACACGCACAAGCAGUGGGAAGAACUUGAAGACGCAAGCUGAACCCCAGGAUACUCUUCGCAAGUUCACUCCUCAGUUAAUGGAGACCAGUACAGACCAUAGGAGAUCGAGCAACGUCCAACCACAGGAGGAUCAGCCAGGCACACCGGAAAACUCUACAGUCGAAGAAGACUCGGUGAUACAAGAACUGCCAGCACGUCGAAGGUUCACUCCCUUGCUGAUUGACACCGCAAAGCGCACAAGGAGAACAGGGGACGUACGGCCCGCACACUUUCCAUCGGACCGUACCGACGCCAUUCCAGAGCCAUCAAUCGGCAUACGCCGUUCAAGAACGGUCCAGCUUCCGGCGCAACCCGAAAACACACCCGUGAGCACAAGUUUACCUAGCCCUGCUCUUACAUCUGCAGAAUGCAGGCGACUAGGUAUACCUGUGCCGAGGCGGGGAAGGUCAACAAGCAGUCAGCGCCAACAUUCGUUUCGAGCGCCGUCUCUUGAACCUAUCGAAUCAUCCGAAUCUGGCGAUGAAUCAAAACUCUCUUCCUCCUCGAGCACACCUUCUUCUUCUUCUGAUUUGUCUUACCAGAUGUAUAAACACGCGACGAGGCUGAGAGAAAGCGUGGACGCCUCCUCUCAAGGCUAUUUGCUUGAGCUCGCCGCUAAGGCUGCAGAACGCCAGCUACGUGAACAAGCUCUGGCCGCGUUUCCAAAUGACGACCGUCAUGUCCGUGUAGAUCACUACAUUGGGCAUGAUUAUGACUCCCCGAUGCGUUCAAUUCGGAGUGACUCCGAUCGCUAUCGAUUUGGUUCGGUGAAUUGGGAGCUCAAAGACAUGCGCCGCCACGCUGAAUUCCUGGAGGCCAACAAGGAGCGCGAGCGAGCCGCACGUGAGGCGAGGAAACGAUGGAACCGGGAGUACGAACGGAAAUGUGGGGCGUGGAGGAACCCUUUCAAGAAUGCCGUUCCUCACACCCACAAGGAUAGUGUCGAAAUGGAGCGUAUGCGCAAGAAAGCUCGUCCACCCAUGCUUGGUGCUGAUAUAGAAUUUCCACGCUGUUCGUCCCCAGAGCCGGCGCGUUUUGAUGUCACGCAGGGGACCUACAACGAACGAGCAGCCAUGUGCUACCUUACGGAGCAAUCCAGUCCUGGUCCAUGCGGUGAAGGGCUCUGGGCAGUAACUGCGAAGAAAAGCAUCGGAGCGGCAUCGGUGCACUCACAGGCAGCCAGCCGAGCACCAAGCACAGGAAGUUGUUCUGGCGGCCUCUGGGGUGGCAUGUGUCAAGGUAAGGCUGGGAAUCUUUCUCCGCCGAGGGGGCCCACGGGGCUACUAACCCCAAGGGAGGAUGCUACGAACCUAUUGGAGCCAAGUGAUGCCACCAGGAACCUACAUCAACUACCCCCAUCGCCUCCUCCGUCAAAUUCAGGAGUAGCGAGCUUAGACGAGAAGCUGGAACUCGAACUAGCGAUUGAGGCAGAGUUCAAUGACGAAUUUGUCACGCAGGUGUACAACUACCUUUCCCUUGGAUAUCCCUCUAUAGCUCGACGAUACGAUGAGGAGCUUGGCAAAAUCGCGCGCGUUGCUGUUACGGAUCUGCGCCACGACGACGAACUUGAGUCCUCAAGGGGCUACAUUCGCUUCGGUAAAGAUGGGAACGGGGCCGAGGAAGGGAUCAGGGAGGACAUGUGCGCACGAUGGAAGGCACUUAAAGCAUAUAUUCACGAAUGGGCACGGCAACAGCCUGGCAUGUGUGAGCCAAAUAACAAACACGGCGGCUUCGGUGUAGCUGUCCGACGUGGCAGCUGGGCAUGGUGAUUGUGGUGGUUUUAAAGACCAGCUUCACAGCCUCUUGAUUACCCCUUAGAACACCUGGAGUGCCUUGUCGGUUUCUUCUUUUCUUUUGCCUUUAAUUCCCGGCUUUCACAGCUGUUUCUUGCAUUUGCGUUCAAGCGUGUUCUGGGCUUUUUUUUUAAAUUAGGAUACCAGCGCUGUGCGAUGGCGGCAUUUGAGCUUAGCAUUCUUGUGCAACAUAAAUAAAUACACAUAUAUACGGGUUUGUAGAGCAAAAUGUGAGGGAUUUUGCGACAGUUGCGAAGUGCUAUCGAAGUUUGAACAGACGCAAGAGAGAAAUUAAAAAGGCUUAAUUCA